AUGACUGACCAGAGAGGAGGGUCCCUCCCCGCUGCCGGAGCGCAGCGGAGCGGGGGCCGGGUGGUGAUGGCUGACGGGCCCUCCCCACUCUCCCUCCAGGGGGAGCUCCUGAGCCCCUGCCGCUGCGACGGCUCAGUGCGCUGCACACACCAGCCCUGCCUCAUCCGCUGGAUCAGCGAGAGGGGCUCUUGGAGCUGUGAGCUCUGCUACUUCAAGUACCAGGUCCUGGCGAUCAGCACCAAGAACCCACUGCAGUGGCAGGCCAUCUCCCUGACGGUCAUCGAGAAGGUCCAGAUUGCUGCCAUAGUUCUGGGCUCGCUCUUCCUGGUUGCUAGCAUCUCCUGGCUCAUCUGGUCCUCACUCAGCCCUUCAGCCAAGUGGCAGCGGCAAGAUCUGCUCUUCCAGAUCUGCUACGGCAUGUACGGCUUCAUGGAUGUCGUCUGCAUAGGCCUCAUCGUCCACGAAGGCUCCUCUGUCUACCGCAUCUUCAAGCGCUGGCAGGCAGUGAACCAGCAGUGGAAGGUCCUGAAUUACGACAAGACCAGGGACAUAGGAGGAGAUGCAGGGGGAGGGACGGCAGGGAAGCCGGGCCCCAGGACCUCACGGACGGGCCCCCCCUCUGGGGCCACCAGCCGCCCCCCGGCUGCCCAGCGCAUGCGGACGCUCUUGCCUCAGCGCUGUGGUUACACAAUCCUGCACCUCCUUGGACAGCUGCGGCCACCAGAUGCCCGUUCCAGCUCCCAUUCUGGCCGAGAGGUUGUCAUGAGGGUCACCACGGUCUGAACUGGACCCCAGGAGCAGGGAUCUUGAGUCAUUGCGUCAGCCAGAGAUGAGCUCUCCUGGCUGCUAGAGGUGCCACCCGGACAAGGCGCUUGGGGUACACCGCCCCACCACUGAGGAUCUCUGGGGGCAGUCUCAGCUGGAGACAUUGUCUGGCCUCUACUGCCCACGGGGUGGAGACAUCUGGAUGCCAUUCCAGCCCUCACUGACAGCUCCUCACACUCAUCCCGAGAUGGCCGGUGGGCAGGUGGGGAGAGCAGCUUUCCUUCCCUGGAGAGAACCGUCUUUACCUCAGCUCCUAGGGCCUCCAGCCCCCUGGCUCCGCCACAGUGACUUGACGAAGGGGGACCAAUGCCAGAAGAGAGGGGCCGUAGACCCCCAACCCCCACCCCACGGCCACAGGGCAUCUGGCAAUAAGACUAGUAUACAUUGACCUCCCGUUCCCUGCAUGAGGGCGGGGGACUUCCCCCUCCACCCCCCAUUGCACGGGGGGAGGGCAUAAAGAAUCAUUUAUAUGCACGUGGAGACUCCUCUCUCAUCUGGGGCUUUUCUGCAGGGUUGGGACGUGUGGGGAGGUUUCUCUGCACGAGCUGCAAAUCCCAAAUGCAGCAGGGGUUCUGAGCUGGAGGUGUGACUCCCACUUGCUGGUGAAUAAUUCACGUUGGCUGUUAGGUGGCAGUGCUCAGAGGCAUCUAAGGGGUGGACCUGCCACCUGCGAGUUGUGUGAUUUAGAAAUAACCUCCCAGUGAUGGUUUUCCUGUCUACCUCAUAGGGUUGGAAUGAGGAUAAAUGAGGGACAGGUUGGAUGCCAUUGCAAAGAAAAUUGGUAAUGGCACAAAAAGAUUUCUAGACUAGUUGAUGGUUCAUUUAUUUCAAAUAGUAGCUGGUGUAACAGAUUCCAAAAUGUGUUUUUCAUCUGGAAUUGCACAGAAUCUUGGAAUUUUGUUUUGGGUGACAUAAUAGAUAUGGAAAUGUGAAGAGAAAUAGACAUUGCAAAUGUGAAGGAUGGUGGUUAUUUUAAGAAUGAGAAUUUCUCCGGCUAUCUAAAUAUUGGGGCCUUGGGGCUGGGGAUGGCUGGAGCCAUCCAUCUUGUUCUGGAAGUAAUCCAAGUUCUGUUAGUCCUUCCCAGGUUCUGCAUUCACCCAGAAAAGUGGUUUGAAGUGAAUCUGGACUCCUUUGGAGUGAGAUGCAGGGAGCCCCCGCAAUGUUAUGAGUCUCCAACCCCAGGUUAGCCCAUUUGUUUGGUGGUUGAGGGUCACAGAUCUGAUCCUGGUGUGCCCAGCUAGUGGUAUUAAUGGAAGGAGUUGUGCUUAGAGACAGCAGCAUAGAGGGCUGUGGCUGACAGAGAAAAGAUUUGGAGAGGACUGGAAACAUAUGGGUCAGCCUGACACCCAGUCCCUUUCUCCUGAGGCCUUGGGGCUGUGUAUUAUAUGAAUGAUGAUGUCUUUUAAGUGAACUAUUCAUCAGCAAUUAAAAUCAUUCCUUCAUA